AAUCUUUUACAAAUAAUAGUAGUACAUUUGCUGAAAUUAAUGCUUUAACAACAUUUAAUUCUCUUGUAUCACGUUUGAAAAUUCAUCCAGCUUUUUCAUCUGAUGCUUCUAAUGCAAUACCUGUUUGGAAACAGAUUGCUAUUGGAUCAGUGUGUCAUUUUAUAGACAGAUUUCUUGAAGCAUUAUUAAAUUUGGAAAGAGAUCGUAUAAAAUGGCCACAAGGUACACAAUUAGCAACAGUAAUACAUGGAUUUGAGUAUGGCGAAACAGGUUUAGAAAAUCAAAAAUUGCCUAAUGUUAUUGGAGCCAUGGAUGGGACAUAUAUUCCGAUUUAUCGACCUUCUAAAAAUGGAAUCCGUUUUAUUAACUGUAAAAAUUUUUACUCUAUUAAUCUUCUUGGUGUUUGGGUUCCAGGUGGCACUUAUAUUAUCACUGAUACAGCUUAUCCUAUUAGUACAUAUUUAAUGAAAGCUUUUUCUGAUUAUGAAACUCUAACUCAUAGAGAGCGUCAUUUUAAUAAAGUUCUUUCAUUAAUAAGAAUGAUUAUUGAACAGGCAUUUGGGAUAUUAAAAGGAUGUUGGAGAAUUUUAUCAAAAGAAAUUUAUUGUACAGAUCUGGAGCGAAUUAUUAAAAUUAUUCAUGCAUGUUGUAUUUUGCAUAACUUAUGUAUAGAUCGAGAGGAUAUACUAUCUCUAGAAGAAAUUGAGAUAGAAGAAAGUCAAGACAACAAUAAUAAUAAUGAAUUGGAAGAAAGUUUUAUAUUAAAUGAAAGACGAGAAAGAAAUGCAGGGAUUUAG